ACAAACUAUAUCAGUGCGUCAAAUACUCAUUAAUUAACGUUGAUCGAGACCUUGCUAGUAAAAUGGACGGUAAAAAUGUGAAAAGAAAGGCAAAUUGGGAUGGGGCAGAGAAGUCCCAUCUGCUAAGUCUGUUGGCUGGCGAUGGAAUCAUCGAGGUAGUUGAAGUGAAAAACAAUAAUUAUGCAGCUACGUCAGCGAAGAAAGUGGCUUGGAGUAGGAUCUUGGCGGACUUCUCUUCAAGGUAUGUCAUGAUAUGAACUAUUAAUGUUACUAAAAUUUAAUCGACUAGAUCAAACAUUUAAUAACAUUGUUGAAUUCAAUUGCGGUUCUGCUUGAAUAUAAUAAUCUAGGCUAAUUUGCAGCAGCUACUCAUAAUAAUAUUAGUGGAUGCCAUCAUAUAUAAACAACGGCUUUAUUUGUUGUAUUGUAUUGUUAUUAGAUACGGCGAGAAACGAGAUGAGAGGGAGCUCAAAGAUCAGUGGCGGCGGAUGAAGCUGCAGGCGAAGGCAGAAUGGUCAUCUUUCAGAUCGCAAACGGGGAAGACGGGCGGAGGUCCUCCGCCAGCCGAGCCGUCCAUGAUGGCGAAGGAGGUCAAACGUCUCGUGCCCACAGAGUUCAGUGAAAUACGGAAUCCGUUUGACGACGACUGCUACAUCACGGGGAACAACCCCGAAGCCGUGACAGCAGAACUCUUCAUCGCCGGGGAGAAACGCCCAUCGCUGAAUUUGGACUCUCUCGAUCAACCAUCUGAAGGAGCUACGGCUCCCCUAGCCCUGGAGGCAAGUCGUCAUCCCCCACCUACUCUGUACCCUGUCACUGCCCAGCAGGCCGAUGCCACUCCAUCCACAAGCAGUCACAUCUCACUUCAUCUCGAUAGGUCAACCCCAUCCAAGAGAUUUCGUGGCAGUCCUUCCCCUAUACCACCACAGACUCCUACACAGACUGUUGUCCACGAUGCCAUAAGAGGGUGGGGCAAAAAAGAGCAUGAGACCAAGCUGCACAACAUGGAGGAAGAGCGACAGCAGAAAGAAGAGGAGCACAAGGCCAGGAUGCAACUUCUCCAACUGGAGAAGACUUACAUCCUUAAGAAGCUUGAGAUAAUUGAAUCUUCUUUGAAAGUUUAAAUAAAUUGUUUGCAUUUACAUGCAAAAUUGAACGUUAAAUGAUGUGUUAUUAGUUUCUUUCAUGUUGUCAUUUUUUAAUAAAAAUUAUCAUUCUAUUUACUCUGACAUCCACACACUCAUUUCCAAGUGGGAAAGUAAGAUCUAAAAAAAAGGUAAAAUGUAAAUAGAGUGGAACCUCUAUAUAACAAGGUUCCUGAUGUGGAAGGCAAUUUCACUGGUCCAAGUUAUAUCAAAGUUUAAGUCGUGAUAAAAGAUAUCUGAUAAAAAAACAAG